AUGGCAUCGGUACAUCCCUAUCAAAAGCUGCAAAUCGACGAGCGCGUCAAAAGAGUGCUGCUCAAGACGCCCCUAAUCGACGGUCAUAAUGAUCUGCCGCAGCAGCCAAGGGCCAUCUUUCAUGGCCAGAUUCACAAUAAUCCGAAAUUCGAUUUGGAGAAGGGAUUCCAGCGAGGAAUGACCGAUAUUCCUCGCUUGCGUGAAGGUGCUGUCGGCGGCCAAUUCUGGUCUGUCUGUGUUCCCUGUCUAAGGUCUGCGGAGGAUUUCUCAACGGCCGAGUACUCGGAUAUGGCCAGAGACGCGAUUGAGCAGAUUGACUUAACGCUGCGCUUGGUUGAGUCGUACCCCGAUGUCUUUCAGCUUGUCAAUGGGCCUCAGGAUGUGAAGACUAUAUAUGAAUCAGGCAAAAUCGCUUGCUCGAUUGGUAUUGAGGGAUUGCACAUGGCUGGGAAUAGUAUUGGAAUUAUCCGUGCCUUCUAUCGUCUGGGUGUGCGAUAUUGUACUCUUACACAUGUGUGCAACAAUGCUUUUGCGGAUAGCUCUACAUCCAAGGUUGGCCCGGUGCAUGGAGGAUUAUCGCGGCUUGGGAGAUCAGCAGUGAUUGAAAUGAAUAGAUUGGGCAUGAUCGUCGACUGCUCGCAUGUCUCCGAAGACUGUGCCCGGCAGGUGCUACGCUUAACCAGAGCGCCUGUUAUGUUCUCGCACUCCAAUGUGAAGUCAGUAUUUGACUGUGCACGAAACCUGCCUGAUGAUAUAUUAGACAUGGUUCCAUCCAACGGCGGCAUUGUGAUGGUAACAUUCGUGCCGGAGCAUGUAGCCACGAGGCGCGCAGACGCUACGAUGGACAUGGUGCUAGAUCACUUGUUUUAUAUUGCUGAGCGAAUCGGCUGGGACCACGUCGGCCUCGGGUCUGAUUUUGACGGAAUUGCCUCUGUGAUUCACGGUCUAGAGGAUGUUAGAUGUUAUCCUCGCCUGCUACAGGCUAUUCUCGACCGGGGGGCCACUGAAGAGCAGCUGGCAAAGGUUGCCGGUGAGAAUCUAUUGCGUGUAUGGAAAGGCGUCGAAGAUGUACGAGACGAAAUGAAGGCAGAAGGCGUGCUCCCCGUGGAAGACGUAUGGGAAGACCGCACAUGGUGGCGCUAUGAUGGAUACUAUCAGAUGCCAGAUCCUGACCCUGAGGAUAAACUGGGGCUGGAUUGGUAUGGUGUGCCGCCCCCUGAGGAGGGGCUAUACCUUGAUUCAUGA